AAAAAAGCGUAUAGGCGAAGAGCGCUCUUCGACCUUGCGACCAAGGUUUCAAACGUUGGCACCAGAAAUUUUUAUGAUUUUCACCAUUUCCGUUCGAGUCCAACGAAAUGAUCUAAAAAAAACCCGCCAACAAUUCUAGUAAUUGUCCAAUUUCGAUACCUCGUGAAAUCAAUAAUUGGUAAAUUGCACAAAUGUUUUUUUCGUUCAUUUCGUUUGAGCCCAACGUUGCAAACUUUAGCGUCGUGCGGCGAUUGUAAUUCAGGAUGCAACUUUAUCGCCGCAGCAGUCGAUUAAAUUGAGAAAAAUUCGUAUCCGAUGAGCAAUCGAUGAGACAUUGGAGAAAUAUCAGUCCGAGAGAUGAGACGGCGCCGUAUAUCGGUUUUGAGUGCUACGAGUGCAGGAGUAGCGGCGGGACCGAAGCACAGGGAAUGGGAUGCAUCUCGGAGACGGAAAAUACGAGCGAAUGUAACAAGAACUAUUGCACGAUAUAUCGUCGGGAGUACGUCGAUCCGCCCGGUACAAUAGACGAAUUUCAUCGGUCUUGCGAGGAUACACCGACUUAUUUGAAUGCAGUGAUAAAGACGACGCACCACGUCGCUUAUUAUCGCUCGUGCCAACAAAAUCUCUGCAACGUCGGAGACGGUCUCGUCCCAUUCGCGAAAGCUCUUCUCCUCGAUGAUGAUUCUGAUGCAAAGAUCCUGAUUGUGCCUGGCAUAGGAUCUUCCGGUCAUCGGGCUGCCUCGCUUCUCUCCGCGACCCUGCUUCUCUCUACGAUCAUCAUAAUCGACUACUAAAUCAUUAUUAUUCAUCGCCUCGUUGCGAUAGGUAAAAAAAGCUCAAUGCGUGACACUCGCCGCCGUGCCGUGUCAUACCUCGACAAAAAGUUAUUUGACAAAAAUAAAUGUUGAAACGAA